GAGCCAAAGCAGCGGAGGAGGAGGAGGAGGAUGGCGCGGGCGGAGGUCUUGCUGGGGCAUCGGCAGCAUCCUGGCUCUGGGCUGCUAGGGCUGCUGGGGCUGUGGGCUCUGCUGGCCCUGGUCCUGGGGGGCAGCGGCGCCGGGGCAGCCCCCUUGCAAGGCGGCGACGGAGGGGCGCCCCCGAUGGCCAAGAUCUACCCCAGAGGCAGCCACUGGGCGGUGGGUCACUUCAUGGGGAAAAAGAGUACAGGGGAUUUUCCUUAUAUAUACGAAGAACGGAAUGAGUCCCCCUUCCCUUCACUGCCUGAUAACAUCAAGCAGCUGGGGGACUAUUUGCAAUGGGAGGAGACGCUCAAGCAGUUCCUCAGGCUCCUAGAUGGGAAUGAAAACCGAAGCACUCAGGUCCUCAGGGAAGAAUUGCCGUUUUCUGCCAAGAGCGCUUGGGAGGCAGAAGACAACAGCAGUCUCAAAGAUAUGAUGGAUUAUCUGCUGCAAGUGCUGGAUAGAAAAGAAACCACUCCUAGUUGAAGCAGCUGUCAUCCCGAACUGAAGGCAUAGAAUAUUAUCCUCAAGAGACUAUGUUUUCAUGAGCAUUUUGUUGUAUAUGAUAACCAAUGAAAUGCCUUUUGUGUUAAACAAGAUUUUCUUUCCGUGUAAAAUAACCUGUUCCCUUGUAUUUCUAACAAUGAUGACUUACACUCUCUGGCGGCUUUUCCCCUUGCAAGCAGCAUUUUCUUCAUUUGAACUGCUUUGUUGUACAUAAUUGUCGAUGAAGGGUCUUCCAAUUCUCUGACGGUACUUUGCUGUUUCUCUCUCCCUCCAGUCUCACUUCACCUUUUAUGUUACACAAUCAAUCAAGAUUCACAAUAAAUAACUAUCUCUCUCUCUAAGA